GAAACACCGAGCCCUUUUAACAUAUUCAGACCAACGUCACAAUCGAAGGUGGAUCAUGCUGCAUUUUCUAUAAAACCUCUUGCAGCCCGCUCACUGUGUAGGAGCAGGCACCGGUCAGAGGAGCUGAGAAAGAAACUUGCCUGAAACCCAAACGGAUUUCCCUCACUGAGCGCUCAGAGGAAGCUGCUUGGAGGACACCACAAUAAAAGGAAAAAAAGGAGGAAAAGAGGAAGAAUUCCUGACACACCGACGGGGAGAAACUUACGCACAGCCCGGAGAGCAUUUCAGCGCGCAGACGCAGGUGGAUGCUGGGAAGCGGACCAGCCCAGAGGAGAUGUUGCCCCUGGCUCACUUAGGGGUGCUGUCGGCCUUGGCCACCGCGCUCACCUCACUCCUUACCGCGCUCCUGCUGCUGGCGUUGACCCGGCAGCUGUGGAGCCUUCGCUGGAGUCUGACCCGGGACAAAGAGAGCAGCCUGCCACUGCCGAAAGGCUCCAUGGGCUGGCCAUUGGUCGGAGAGACUUUCCACUGGCUGUUCCAGGGCUCAAACUUCCACAUCUCAAGGCGAGAACAACACGGAAAUGUGUUUAAGACCCACCUCCUGGGGAAGCCCGUCAUCAGGGUGACGGGUGCGGAGAACAUCCGCAAGAUCCUGCUGGGGGAGCACAGCCUGGUGUGCACCCAGUGGCCCCAGAGCACCCGCAUCAUCCUGGGUCCCAACACCCUCGUCAACUCCAUUGGAGACCUGCACAAGCGGAAGAGAAAGAUUCUGGCCAAAGUGUUUAGUCGGAGUGCUCUGGAGUCCUACCUGCCCCGGCUUCAGGAUGUUAUCAAGUCAGAAAUUGCCAAGUGGUGUUCAGAGCCGGAUGCCAUCGACGUGUACAGUGCAGCCAAGUCUCUGACGUUUCGCAUCGCGGUCAGGGUCCUGCUGGGUCUGCAGCUGGAGGAGGAGCGGCUCGUUUACCUGGCUCAGAUCUUCGAGCAGCUGAUGAACAACCUCUUCUCUCUGCCUAUAGAUGCCCCACUCAGUGGGUUACGCAAGGGGAUAAAAGCCAGAGAAAUCCUGCACGCCCACAUGGAGAAAAUCAUUGAAGAAAAGAGGGAGCGGCAGCAGAUGGAGGAGGAAUACACUGAUGCCUUUGAUUACAUGCUGUCCAGCGCUAAGGAGCACGGCCAGCAGCUCAGCAUCCAGGAGCUCAAGGAAACAGCAGUGGAGCUGAUCUUUGCUGCUCACUCCACCACAGCCAGUGCCUCCACAUCGCUCGUUAUGCAGCUUCUUCGCCACCCAGCAGUGGUGGAGAAGGCCAGAGUUGAACUGGAGGCAGAGGACCUCGGCUACGAGUCUCACAGCAGCCACAUCCCAUCUGGUGUCACCACGGAAACAGAGGAGGAUGCUGCAGAUGAGGAGGUGACCUACCUGCUAAACAGAGGGUGUCAGAAUCGGAGAGACGGAGGCGCUCUCCCGCGACCCCAGUCUCACAUACCCUACCUGAGCCUGGACAAGCUCAGCCAGCUCCGCUACCUCGACUGCGUCGUCAAAGAGGUGCUCCGCUUCCUGCCCCCAGUUUCUGGCGGUUACCGGACGGCCCUGCAGACGUUUGAACUAGAUGGCUACCAGAUCCCCAAAGGCUGGAGUGUAAUGUACAGUAUCCGGGACACCCAUGAGACCGCAGCGGCCUUCCAGAGCCCGGAGAUGUUCGACCCGGACCGAUUUGGCCCGGAUCGGGACGAGUGCCGCUCGGCUCGCUUCAGCUAUGUGCCGUUUGGUGGCGGAGUGCGGAGCUGCGUAGGGAAAGAACUGGCUCAGAUCAUCCUAAAGACUCUCGCCGUGGAGCUGAUCGGGACUUGCAAAUGGACCCUUGCUACAGAGAACUUCCCCAAGAUGCAAACAGUGCCGAUAGUGCACCCGGUAAACGGGCUGCAUGUGCGUUUUGCUUACAACUACCCACUUUAGAUUUAAAAAAAGACAAAUACAGACUGAGAAACUCAGCCCAGGAGGCAAUCUGACCCCCCCGCUUCUCUCUCCAAGAACUCUCUAAGAGAUAAUGACCUCUUCAGUCCCAAUGGUGCAGUUCAGGCCUCCUUUCAUCUCCAUGGACACGGGGGUGGGGGGGGCACAUUGCCACCUUGCAGUACUUCAUUUCUUCAGAGGUCUGAUUCAAACCUAAGAAACUGCUUUCUGUUGUAGCACAAGCACAUUUAACCACGUUAUCUUCUCACCAGCAGAGAUUUUGUUUCCCAUUUCCUAACAUUUACUCACAACCCAAUUACUCACAUACAUUUUAAGCUAUUUAUGGAAGUCUGUAGCAUUCCUCCCUGCUAGUUUUCAAACAGCAGAUCUAGGUUUUGCUGUCUGGAGUGGACUGCAUGUUCCACUCACCAGCAAUCUCUUCUAUCCAGGAGAGAAACGGUUAUUCAGGGACUCUUAAAGCUUCUCUCCACACAGCUUUUAAAAUUCUUGCCAGUAUAUUUUCUACAAAUCCAUUUUAGAUGCUCCUGCAGUGCACAGCAAAUAUGCUGGAUUUCACUCAAAUCCAGCAGUGUGUGGGUGCUUCAAUGGACAUGUGUGGUUUUAUGAUUUUUAUGCUGCCUGUCUUUCCUGUUUCCUGCACUGACAGCCUGGCUGCACUCUGCCUGGACAUCUCCACCUUUCUGCACUCCUUCCUUUUUACAUCAUUACUAUGGACACAAGUGCUACGUACUGUAUAUCUGCUGUGCUGACUGAGCACAUCAUCAGCGUUUAGCUUCCAUUUAGAGCUUUCAGUCGCCUUUGUUCUUGCCUCUCUGAAGUGCCUCUGAGCAUGGCACUGGGUGUGAGUCAGCUCUGCAGAAAUGCUGCCUGUGGAGAAACAAACUAUGAAAUGCGACAGUCUGAUUAAGGCUGAACUGUGAUUUUUCUGCAAUAGAAUCAUAUCUCAAUGCUCAUAAUGGACACUGGAGAGACUGGCUGUGUGAUGUCAGACUGACAACCAGGAACUUCCCGAACAUAAAGUUCAUUUUAUACGAAUGUUAAAUAUAUAUAUAUAUAUAUAUAUCCUUAACACUGCUAUUAUAUGUGUAUCAAAUGAAGUAGCAUCAUGAAUAAGCUGUAUUUAAAAUGCGGAUGUAUCAUAUCUGUUGUACUUUUACUUUAUCUGCAACAAUGUAUAGAUAGAGACACUAACUAGUAAUGUAAAGUCCACAACAGCUUUUUCACUGCUAGAACAUAGAAAUCUUUUAUUGCUUAGAGCAGCAUAUACAGAGAGGAAAGUUAUAAUUAAUAUUGUUUUUAUUGGUCUGAUUCUAGGACUGUAGAUCUCAUAGAUGCGCUGUGAAAUGUGACGUGUGGAUGGACUUGUGGAAGGAGAUGGCACUUUCUUUGAUUUAAGGAGUCUGUGUAUAUUUGUCCUGUUUAUGCAUUCAUUGAGUGUAUCACAUGUAGCCGAUGUACAGUUGAUGUAAAAAGUAAAUUAGAAGAUGAUAAACAAAGUUUGUCCAAGUUUGUCACAUCCUGUAGCCAAGGGUCAACAUAAUUACAGCUUAUCCAAACUAAAAUAAAACU